AAUUCGAUCGAGAAGUUUCCUUCUACAAUUUAACGAGUUGUACACUCGUCAAAAUGUAGAAGAAAAACUGGAUACUCCUGUGUUAUAGUAUUUAUUGUUUAUUGAACUGGGCGGACGCAUUGUGUUUCGUGCACGAAUUUUAAUUUGAGACACGCGAGGGGCGACGUCGUCAUGGCGACUGACUAAAAAACUGUAUUAAAACCUUCUAGAAUGAGUGUGGACGUUGUCGUUAACUUCGUUCUUGGUUCUAUUAUACUCUUCGAUUUACUAUUACUCCACAAUCUAAUUUCUUCUUAAUAAUUUCUUCUUGAUCGUGUCGAGAAGAAAAAUUCCCGUAAUAUCCAUAUUUAAACGAUUUAUGCUUCUUAAACAAUGCGAGUUGUGAGAUUUUUAACAUUUUUAACCGUUUUAAUUAAUUCAAGUCUACAAAACGAACCUGUGGACGGAGGAUGGACUAAAUGGAGCAUAAUGUCGGAUUCGGAAUGUUCAAAACACUGUGGAGGAGGUAAACAAAAAUUCGUCAGAACCUGUACUAAUCCCAAACCUCAGAAUAACGGAGCCAAUUGCGAAGGACCUAGCGAAAAGGAAGAAGAUUGCAACACGCACACUUGCGAAAAGGAAAUAGAAGAAUCGCCUUGGGAAGAAUGGUCUGCUUGUUCGAGAACAUGUGGAUUGGGAACCAGAGAAAGAUUUAGAAAAUGCGUUCAUGCUAAAGAAGGAGAAUUUAAAUGCGAAAAGAAGGAAGACGUUUCUUAUGAGAUGCGAAAUUGCACGGAUUGGGAGCCUUUUGUGGCCUAUAAAUGUCCUGAUCCUUGCGACAAAACCAGCGACGAAUAUAAAGACGUUGAGAAAGUGCGUCAUUGUCCGGACCGUGCCAAAUGCACAAACGAAAGCACUGAAAUGGGACCUCAAAGGAAAUGUAAAUGCGUUAUGGGUUACGUUUUGGAUGCAGAAGAAUGGAAAUGCAAAGCUCCUAAACCACCGGAACCGACUCCUCGUCCCAUUCCGACUAUGGAUCCGGUAGAAAAAACUGUUUCAAUUGUCGUUACAAGAACUGCCAGUACGGUCUUACUGAUAAUGGUGGGCUUAACUUUGGCCUUGUUUUUACUUCUCAGAAUAUUUACGAUAGAUAGGAUUAUUCAAAUGAAUAUGGAAAUAGCUUUGGAAUCCGCUCAUCUUUUGCUUCUCAUACCUCCUUCCAUUUCUGAAGAAGAACCAAUGUUUUGCACAAUGAUCUCGGUCGGACUCCAUUUUUUCUUCACCGCAUGUUUCAUGUUUAUGAUGUUGGAGUCUUUGCACGUUUACAGUAUGGUGGCAUUUGUCGUUCCCAGAAACGGAAUGCUCAAUAGACUACAAAACACUAUUCUCGGAUGGGGAGUUUCGAUGUUCAUCAUUCUCAUCAGCGUGUGUUUCUUUUUGGAUCAAUAUGGAGCCGAAUAUCAUUGCUGGUUGGAAAUGCACUUUCCUUUGGUUUAUUUACAAUAUGGACCUAUCAUAACACUCUGCAUUUUGGACUUUCUGCUAUUGGAAGCUGCUGGAGCGGCUAAUUACAAACCCCUCAAAGUAGUCGAUAUGAAACAACUAAUGAGUGCAAAAAUCCAUCAGCGGUCGAAUUUGAUAAUAAUGCCGCUGAUCUUAUCGUCUUGGAUAAUAGGAAUUCUAUCCGAUUACGAACAGAAUCUCGGUUUGUAUAGCGUUUAUUCCAUUCUCAACACUAUCAUCGGAGUCUGUAUCUUUGUCUUCCACUCUCUGGGAAACCAAGAAGUUCGGGCAAAACUUAAGAAAUUUUUCAAGUGUUGCGUACGUUAAAACGAGCAGUGAGCACUGUUUAGUGUGUCAGCACUUUAACCACAAAAGAGUGUGAUAUAAAUAUUUCAUCGAUCUAUUAAUAUAUUUUUUCAAUUUGAUUCUAAAAAUAAAGA